UGUUGCGGUAGUGAGCCGAAACGGUGUUUCGCGCCGGGAGUUUGCAUUUACGUGUUAUUCCAGCGAAAUACAAAGGUUUAUCAAUAAAACUUUUCAAAAGGAAUAAUAUAGAACAAAACCAGUGAGCAGAAAUGACUUCUAUCAUAAAACUCCACGCCGUCUCUGGAGCGAUGGAUGAGUCCCCGCCUUGCUAUAUUCUUCAGGUGGAUGAGGUUCGCUUUCUGCUGGAUUGCGGCUGGGACGAAAAAUUUGACCAGAAUUUCAUCAAGGAACUGAAAAAAUACGUCCAUACUAUCGAUGCGGUGUUAUUAUCCUAUCCAGAUGGACUUCAUCUGGGUGCGUUACCUUAUUUGGUAGGCAAACUUGGGUUGAACUGCCCCAUUUACGCUACCAUUCCAGUGUACAAAAUGGGUCAAAUGUUUAUGUACGAUAUGUUUAUGUCCCAUUAUAAUAUGUACGAUUUUGAUCUUUUCACACUGGAUGAUGUGGAUGCGGCUUUCGACAGAAUCAUUCAGCUUAAGUACAAUCAAAGUGUGUCCUUGAAAGGUAAAGGGUACGGUAUUACGAUUACACCCCUUCCAGCUGGGCAUCUCAUAGGGGGAACCAUCUGGAAAGUGGUCAAGGUCGGCGAGGAGGAUAUCGUUUAUGCCACUGAUUUCAACCACAAAAAGGAAAGACAUUUGAAUGGUUGUGAGCUUGAAAAACUGCAGCGACCUUCUCUAUUGAUAGUUGAUGCAUAUAAUGCACGCUAUCAGCAGGCAAGACGCCGAGCACGAGAUGAGAAGUUUAUGACUAACAUCCUGCAAACUCUGAGAAACAACGGCAAUGUACUGGUGACAGUCGACACGGCAGGACGAGUGCUCGAACUGGCACAUAUGCUGGACCAGUUGUGGAAAAAUAAGGAAUCUGGAUUGAUGGCUUACUCUUUGGCACUGUUGAAUAAUGUGAGUUAUAACGUGGUUGAAUUUGCAAAGAGCCAAAUCGAGUGGAUGAGCGACAAAUUGAUGAAAAGCUUUGAAGGAGCUCGGAAUAAUCCUUUCCAGUUUAAGCAUCUGAGGUUGUGUCAUACAAUGGCAGAUCUGGCGAAGGUGCCUAGUCCAAAGGUAGUGCUCGCAAGUUCACCAGACAUGGAAAGUGGUUUCUCGCGGGAACUUUUCGUCCAGUGGGCUGGUAAUAUAAAUAACAGUGUAAUAAUUACGAGCAGAUCGUCGCCAGGUACGCUAGCAAGGGAUUUGAUUGACAAUGGUGGCAACGGUCGCAAGAUCGAGCUUGACGUACGUCGUAGAAUUGAGCUGGAGGGUGCCGAGCUGGACGAGUACAUGAGAACUGAGGGUGAAAAGCAUAACCGAUCCGUUAUCAAAAGUGACAUGGACUUGGAUAGCAGUUCUGAUUCGGAAGAUGAGCUGGAAAUGAGUGUUAUCACUGGAAAGCAUGACAUAGUGGUUCGACCGGAAGGUCGCUCUCAUACGGGAUUUUUUAAAUCAAGCAAAAAGCAAUAUGCCAUGUUUCCGUUUCAUGAGGAAAAAAUUAAAUUUGAUGAGUAUGGUGAGAUCAUACAGCCAGAUGAUUAUCGUAUGGUGGAUGCUGGACCGGACGGUCCAGGUGAAGACAAUAAGGAAAACUAUCAGAUAAAACCAGAGGACAUUAAAAAGGAGAAGGGCAGUGAGCUUACAGUACUGGAUAAACCGACCAAGUGCAUUAGCAGUCGCAAAUUGGUAGAAAUAAACGCACAGGUUCAGUUCAUCGAUUUUGAAGGGCGUUCCGAUGGAGAAUCUAUGCUGAAGAUUUUGUCUCAAUUGCGACCGCGCCGUGUGGUGGUGGUACGCGGUUCGUCUUCCAAUACUACCCACAUCGGUGAGCACUGUCAACAAAAUAUCGGUGCAAGAGUAUUCACUCCUAGCAGGGGAGAGGUUAUUGAUGCCACGACAGAAACGCACAUCUAUCAAGUUCGACUGACGGAAGCCCUGGUCUCCCAGCUGGAUUUCCAGAAAGGAAAGGAUGCUGAAUUGUCUUGGGUGGAUGCCCAGAUUGUUGUUCGCAGUAAGCAAUUUAGUACCGGUACAGAGCAAGAUUCGAACGUAGCUUUGAGUGGACCACUCACCGGUACAACAAAUAAUGCUACUACAAACAAUGCAAUUGCAGCCGCUGCGGCUGCUGCCUCAGAUGCUCCAAUGGACGUUGAUCAAAUGGAAGGACUGGAGGAUAAAAGCGACAAGCAAAUAUUGACACUGGAGCCACUGAAGAAUGAUGAACUGCCAGCCCAUAAUUCGGUAUUCAUUAACGAACUGAAGCUGAUAGACUUCCGACAGGUGCUGAUGAAGGCGAAUAUCAACUCGGAAGUCUCGGGUGGUGUUUUGUGGUGUAGCAACGGAACGCUUGCUUUGAAGCGUGUCGACACAGGAAAGGUCACGAUAGAGGGAUGCCUCUCGGAGGACUAUUAUAAAAUUCGCGAAUUGCUGUACGAACAGUAUGCUAUAGUUUGAGCAUAAUUAAUUUUAAGAUUCAAUGCAACUAGAUAUAAUAUA